CGCGCUUCGUAUUAGUUGCACCCAAAGCUCAGCGUCGUCGGCGUCGCUCGGAAGUAGCGUAGAGUAGCGUAGUACUUCACGGACAGACAUUACCUACGGGUUCCGGUUUUAGUUUGCGCGAAAACCGAUGUGGCUUUAAAUUUUAAUAAACCGAUACUGUUAUUGGUAACGUCUCAUCGUCUCGUAUAGGAUAGAAUGGAGCCGAGAGCGAACAUAAAUAUCUUCUCCAGGAAAUAUCACAGUUCUGCUGAAUAAACAAGGGAUAAAGGGACCAAAUGAGUAAUUCCAGAAAAAUGGAUCUUUUGUUUAUCUUGACCCUGGUUUCCUUGGUCGCUGCAAUAAGGGGCGAACCCAAGAACAGUAGCGUACUGAUUGGAAAUAUCGAUCAUAAUGACAUCACCUACGAUGGGGACUCUGAAAAGGAAUUACAGUCGGAGUUACAACAUGUAGAUAUUAGAAGAAAUGAAUGGGAAGACUGGUCAGAUUGGUCGCCAUGUUCUCGAUCUUGUGAUGGCGGAGUAUCUCAUCAAUUACGUAGAUGUGUAGGCAUAAAAUGCAGAGGAGAAAUAGUGCGCUACAAAAUUUGUAACAUGCAGCCUUGUCCGGAUUACUCCGAUUUUCGAGAAAACCAGUGCGCUUCGUUUAACAACAUUCCCUACGACAACCAAUUACUGCGAUGGGUCGCCUACUACGACGACCAUAACCCGUGCACUUUAAUGUGCAAAGGCAAGCCAACCGAUUCCUCCGAAACUAAGUCCGAAGAAGAUACAGUAAUGGUGGUUGCCAAGUUAGCUGAUAAAGUCCACGACGGGACGAGAUGUCGACCAGGAAGUCUUGAUAUGUGUAUAGACGGAAAAUGUCAGAGGGUUGGUUGUGACCUGCGGAUAGGGUCAACUCUUCAAAUUGAUAACUGCGGCGUUUGCGGCGGGGAUGGUACUUCCUGUUCUCAGCCGUUGUACCAUUGGACUCUUAAGUUCGUUUCCCUAUGUUCAGUGACGUGUGGAGGGGGCUAUAAAAUGACAAGUCCAGUUUGUCAAAACCGAGUUACUGGAGCUCAAGUCGAAGAGGACCUUUGCAAUGCUUCUCAGAAACCGGAUGCUUCUGUUGUUAGAUGCAACAUUCACAGUUGCCCACCAAAAUGGCAUGCCGCAGACUGGGAAGAAUGUUCGGCCAGUUGUGGAGGAGGCAUUAGAACUCGACAGAUUUACUGCGUUGAAGAAACAAACAACACGAAAAUAAAGGUUGACGAAGAGAAGUGUUCGUCAGCCAGGAAGCCGAAGUUCCAAGAGCCCUGCAAUCAAGUGGAUUGUCCUAAAUGGCACACGUCUCCUUGGUCGGGGUGUUCAGUGUCGUGCGGUGAAGGAGUUCAAGUUCGAAUAGUGGAUUGUCGUGACGCUCACGAUUAUCCUAGUGCAUUCUGUGAUCCUGACUUAAAGCCUACGUCUUCUAAGCUUUGUUCCACUGGAAUUCAGUGUCCCACUUUCCACAAUUCCGUUGAGGAAAUUUUACCCAAUCUUUACCACACACAACCCCUCGUUCAUCCCUAUCCGCCACCUGCGCCAGCACAGGCGGAACGACUUAUUGGCACACAAAUCGUACCAUCGGAGACCACACACUUCUCUUCUAGGUUCAUUCCCGAAGAGUGGGGUCCUUGCAGUGUAACCUGCGGCGAGGGCAUUCGAAAACGCGAAGUUCAUUGUAAAAUAUUUCUAGAAUUUUCAAAAACAAUCGCUAAACUUCCCGAUCAGCAAUGCACAGGACCGAAACCUAUCGAAGUAGAAAAGUGUUUUAUGGAGUCUUGUUCUUCCGAACGAAUCGACAUAAAAGACGAUCCUUAUCGGUCUGAGAAUAUGCCGCCGGGAGCAACGUAUUCCUGGAAGACGGAGGGUUUUACCCAGUGCACGGCGUCAUGUCUAGGCGGUGUUCAGGAACUUAUAGUGAAGUGCGUUCGCGAUGAUACACAGAAAGAAAUAGCCUUUUACAUGUGUCCGAAAGAGACAAAGCCUCAAGUGGUUGUGCAGGCGUGCAACGACUUUGCGUGUCCUCCGAGAUGGAAUUUUUCCGAUUUUUCGUCGUGUUCUCAGUCGUGUGGUAUUGGCAUACAAACUAGGGAAGUACACUGCAUUCAUGAAGUUUCUCAAGUAGGAGGAAGUAUUAUUAACGUCCCUAGUGAUAGAUGUCCUCAGCCGGCACCGCCCGACAGGCAAUUCUGCAAUGUCCUCGAUUGUCCAAUAAGAUGGAAAACGUCCGAGUGGUCAAAAUGUAGUAAGAGUUGUGGCGGAGGCGAGAAAACACGCAGCGUGGAGUGCAAACAGGUCAUGGCCCAAAACCAUACAGUUGAAAGACCCCUGUCUGCUUGCCCCGGCCAAAAACCACCCGACAAAAAACCGUGCAACACUAAAAGCUGUGUAACUGAUACAGAUAAACCCAUAAUCGAUACCCUAAAUACGACAUACAUUCAACACGAUUGGAAAAAGGACAAGGUAUCCCUUAGGGUUGGUGGUGCAGCCACCGUCUUCUCGGGUACGACAAUAAAAAUUAAAUGUCCGGUUAAAAGGUUCAAUCGAUCGCUUAUUGCUUGGACAAAAGAUAACAGUCGUUUGCAGAAUAUUAAAAAAUAUAAAGUAUCAAAGAAGGGGGCGCUACGAGUGUUGAACAUCAGUCAUAAGGAUCAUGGGAUUUACACUUGCACUGCUGGAAAGUCUUCCGCUAGUCUGACGUUAAUGGUGAAACCUAGACCAGGAGAAUUUCCGUCGUCAGAAGAAAUACAGAAACAUUCGCAAAAGUACAUGGAGAAACAGGGACGCCAAAUUGGAUUGUCCAGGUAUCCGACUAUGGUUCCCGAUUGGAAUGAGGAUCUAUCCCAUGAAGGUCAAACGGAACUAGUUAGGAAAACUUCCACGAGCAAGAGCAAAGCUCCGACAUAUUUGUCAGUUAGUGAAAAACCCAUUAGCAGUAACAGUCUGAAUGGCUUGCCUCCCGACGACAUCAACACGAAUUUCGAUUAUAGGGAUGUGUCUUUAAACACGCCCGCUUUAUCGAAUUCCGAAGCGGGUGUUUUAGAAGGCACUUCAAGUUCAGGAAACCGUGUUAUGCCACACUUUCAACAACUUUUGUUAAAUUUGCAGUACUUGUGGCCGUUCCAGAUGUUCGGCAGCUCUCGUGGUCACCGAAUGGUGACCAUAUCUGAAAAUGAAAACGCGGAAGACUUCACGGAAAUACCAGAAUUAGAUGAGACAGCUUUCACAUCACAGAUGGGCGCUUCAUCGGGAAUUGUGCCUACCGAAAUGACUACGUUUAGAUGGUUUGCUACCAAAUGGUCAAGUUGUUCAGAGACUUGCGGUAAAGAUGGCUUUCAAAUUCGUACCUUCCAGUGUGCGAUUGUGUCCGGGAAUAUCACAAAGUUUGUAAACAACACGCUUUGUGAAGAAUCCGGUGUUAAAAUACCGAAAAUCAUGAAGAAGUGUGAGACUGAACCUUGUUCCUUUUGGAAUGCAUCCCACUGGACACCCUGCAAUGUGUCGAAGUGCUUCAAAUUAAAUACAGCAAUUCAAAGACGGGAAGUUAUCUGUCAACUUGAAAGCGGAGAAGUUGUAAAUCCACGAAAAUGCGACAGUAAUAACAAACCUCCUUACAGGCAAGAAUGUCACAAUGUAAAUUGUAAGGGGAAAUGGAUUGGCAGUCCUUGGUCUGCGUGUUCAGCAGCAUGCGAUUCAAAUGGUUUCAAAUACCGAAUAAUUCAUUGUGUUUGGAUUGGAACUAAGAGAAUUGCUGGGAAUGUAUGUAAUAACCAAAAAAGGCCUUCCGUUAUAAAGAAAUGUAAGGGGUCACCAUGUUACACAAAAGAUUCUUUAUGCAGAGAUAUUUCUCAGUUCUGUCCCAACGUAAGAAAGAUGAACCUGUGCCGACUGAAGCAUUACAAACAUCAAUGCUGCCAAACUUGUCGACACAUCCAAUAGGAUUUAUUAAGGAAGGUCUAGCGGUGUACAAAUUAAAAAGGUAUUAACUAAACAAAAAUAAUGUCACGAAUGAGAUUCCGUGUGGAGGGGAUUAUUGGUUCGUGUAAAAGACUGAUAUUUCACUGGUCGUUAGCAAAUAUGAUAUAAGUAAAGGAUCUCUUUGUUUGUUUCCGAGAAGAGAACGAGAGUAUAAUUCAUAGAGUUAUUAAUGAAUAAUAAUAAAAUAAUUAAUUUCAUGACAAACAUUUCGCUGUUCCUUGAACUAUUCAUAAAAUGGCUUACCUACUAAGUAUUAAAGUUUUACAAACAAUUUCAGUUACCAGCACUUAAAUAUUACGAAAAAUAAUAAGUAAUUUUUAAAUAACUGUAAAUAAAAUUAUUCCAAUAGGUGCAUUUAUAUAUAUGUAUAAGUACUUUUGUUACCUACCACUAGUACACGAUUUAGUUCAACUUAGCGAAUAAAAAUGACGCACUUUAUAUUUUUCACAUUCUUUUGAAAGCGUUUAUUAUAGGUAGACUAAUAUAAUUAUUGUUUAAGUAUAGUUUCUUUUAAACACCUGCCCAUCGUUAUUAAUACACAAGAGGGCAAAUAUGUUCCUAAUACGUAUUUAUAUUUAUUAAGAAAGCAGUGGCAACUUAGAUAUAUUUUAUAAACUUUCAUAAAACAAAUACGCAGAAAUUCAAUAAGAAAACAGCAAAGUCUUAUAGGUAAUAAUUAAUUUGUUAAUGAAUUGUUAAACGUAUAGGAAAAAUUAAGAGAUUGUAUUUAAUGCAGAGGAAUAUGGUCUCUCGACGCUUGCGCAUAAUGUUUGUUAUUAAACAACAAAUUUGAUUCUUAUAUUUUGUAAGAAUUUUGUAAAAAUGCAACAUUUUCCUCCACAAUCUGUUUAAUUAGUUUAAGAUGAUUCAGGAAUUUUUCCGGAAAAUGAAGCAGAUGCUUAUAUUUGGGUAAGAAUCACAACUGUUUAAAAGAAAACGUUUUAACUACUAGAAAUUUAAAACCCCACCAAAUUAUGUAUCAAUAUUAUAUACAAUACGAAAUCAGUGGCUUACUAAAUAUUUCUUCAACAUUAUUAAUUAAAUUUCCGUCGAAAUUAAUGACUACCCUUGUACUGAUCUAGAUUUUCGUAGGGCAAAAAAGGUAACGAGAUGACUUGGCUAGCCACUGACGUAAAUAGUUAAUAUUUUGAGACUGAGAUUGUUAUAAUUAUAACAUAUUUAAUAAUAUAACAACAGAGAAAGAUUAAAGUGGCAUUUUGAAAAGUUUAGGAGUUAAAAUUAUGUAGGCAUUUAAAUGGAUUGGAAAGAACAAUACAAUUCUAAAGAUAUAAAAACAAUAAGUUGAAAAGCUUUAGCCAAGCUCUGUUGUUUUAUCCAGACAUUUUUGUAGGAUAUUUCAUGCUUUAAGAAAAUGACCUUGUUCAGCUUUCUCGUAUCUAACUUAAUUUUCCGAUUGGAAACGGUGUUUAAGGGUUCGAAUUGACCCAUACAAGCUUUCUACUGUUUGCAGAUUGACUGUUUGUUUUAAGAAUAAGUACAAUUAUUAUUUUAAGAGACAUACAGCUUUCAAAGUGUAACGUGUUUCCGUUAUAUUACGGAAUAUUAACUUGCCAUAAGUACUACCGGAAAAACGUAGUUCUAUUUAAUUCCGGCAGAUUCUCUCCAUUAUUUGUUUACUUUUCUUGAUCUUCACUGCAAAAUUAUCUUUCUCUCAUAUCGCUUCUCCUAUUUUAUCUUAAUGUAAUAUCAGAGCAAAUUUAACAAUUGUGUACUUUUGAUUUAAAUUAUUGAAUAUCGAAAUGUUUUCCUCAGUUUACAUUCCCUUGACGAUAAUUUCUAGUAGGUAUUAGAAAAGGUACGUACGUACUCAUAAGUACUGUUGUUACAUUCCAUUAUAUUCCGUCGAUUUAGUUUAAUAUAACAGUAGAUAGAUGUUGAAUUUUGAAGUGAAAUUUUACUUUUGGCGGGAAGAUUUUGCAGAUUUGCAAUUUCUUAAGUAUUCAAUAAGAAUGCUUACAAAAGUAACCCGAGAAGCAAUUGCAUUACAUAUUAUGUAGAUGGAAUAGCAACCUAUUACUUUAAGAAAUUGUUAUUUCUAUGUUGAAGACGUUUGAUUAUUUUAAAUAAAUAAAGGAAAUGUAAAACAAAAACUGCAUUUCUUGUUCGUUAAGUUAAAUUUUCAGAGGCAUAAAUGGGAAUCAAAUAUUUAUGUGAAUUAGCUCUCCAGGAAGUCUAGAGGAUCGUUCAAGCCAUCGAGUAAAGAUUUUGAUUUCUUCUUCUAAGGCGAUCGUACCAGGUAUUUAUUUGUUUAACUGUAUAACAAAAUUAA